CAGCGCGACCUCGCGCACCUCCAAGAUGGCGACGUCCAUCCAGAACCGCUGUAGGCACAUUCUGUGUUGGCAAAAUAGCCGCAGUAACUAAUCGAAACAAAGUAAGACACAUGCGGCAAUACAACUAAUAACAUAAUUUUCGUCGUUGGAAAUCUUCGCAUGUCGUUUCGCGGCGUGGCGUUCGCUUUCAUGGCUGUUUGAGAGUGAAAUUGGGCGUCCUCUCGCCAUGGCCACCGACAACAGGAUUCAUUUCUGGAGGAGAAACCCAAAGGUCCCCGGGAGCUUACAGCCAGUAUAUGGAGCACAGCACCCUCCUCUGGACCCACGCAGACACCGUCCAUUGAAAGACGCUCCGAAGGCCGGCAGUGUGAACACCAAAUCAAAAAAACCUUCCACUUUCCACGAAUUCGCUCGGAGCACCAAUGAUGCAUGGGACAUUGAUGAUGAAGAGGAUGAUGGUAUGUUUAUGUUUAAACAGCCCUCAUCUUCACCUGUCCAAUCACGAUCCAUGCCUCAAACGCCUUGUCUCAAAAUCAUCAAAACCCCAGAAGACACAGAGCCACUGCCCCAUUCGCUGGACAGGCAGGAACCAAUCAGCACAAACCCCUACCAAGAUCGACUGGAUAUAGAAAGCGGUCCAGCCAAUGGCAGGGUGGUGAAAUCCAGUAGCGAUGCCCAGCUGAAUGUUAAUGCAGCUCGCAAUACUCUGCAGAAACAGCAGUCACUUCCUGUCCGGCCCGUCAUUCCAUUGGUUGCCCGCAUUUCGGACCAAAAUGCCUCAGGAGCUCCGCCCAUGACUGUUAGAGAGAAGACUCGAUUGGAUAAAUUCAAGCAGCUACUUGCCAGUCCCAACACAGACUUGGAGGAGUUAAGGAAGCAUAGCUGGUCGGGAAUCCCUCGAGAAGUUCGGCCAGUCACCUGGAGACUCUUAUCGGGCUAUCUUCCAGCCAAUAGAGAACGAAGGGAUCUGGUUCUCCAGAGGAAGAGGGAGGAGUAUUUUGGCUUCAUCGAGCAGUAUUACCACUCCAGGACAGAUGAGAAUCACCGAGACACAUACAGACAGAUUCACAUCGAUAUCCCGAGGACGAACCCUUUGAUUCCUUUGUUUCAGCAGCCGCUGGUGCAGGAGGUGUUUGAGCGGAUUUUGUUCAUCUGGGCUAUCCGUCACCCUGCUAGUGGAUACGUGCAGGGCAUUAAUGAUCUGGUCACUCCCUUUUUUGUGGUCUUCCUCUCUGAAUUUGUGGAGGAAGACGUGGAAAAUUUCGAAAUGGCAAGCUUGCCGCUGGACACGCAACGAAACAUUGAAGCCGACAGCUUUUGGUGCAUGAGCAAGUUGCUGGAUGGCAUACAGGACAACUACACAUUUGCCCAGCCUGGGAUUCAGAUUAAAGUGAAGGCUCUGGAAGAGCUCGUUAGCAGAAUAGAUGAGGAUGUCCACGUGCACUUUCAGAAGUGUGAGGUGGAGUAUCUGCAGUUUGCUUUCCGCUGGAUGAAUAAUCUGCUGAUGCGGGAGCUGCCGCUGCGCUGUACCAUCCGCCUGUGGGACACCUACCAGGCGGAGUCGGAGGGAUUCUCCCAUUUCCACCUCUACGUGUGCGCCGCCUUCCUCAUCAAAUGGCGCAAAGAGAUCCUCUCCAUGGUGGACUUUCAGAGCCUGCUAAUGCUCCUGCAGAACCUUCCCACAAUUCACUGGGGCAACGAAGAGGUGGGUUUGCUGCUGGCCGAGGCCUACAGACUCAAAUACAUGUUCGCUGACGCUCCGAGCCACUACAAGAGAUGAGAACCCGUAAGCGGACCGCGGCUAGACCCAGACGAUGAUCCGACCUAACAACAGGAUCAGUCCAAACGGCUCUUCUUCGCUCGGUUUAAUCUGACACAGCGAAGAUAAAGCUCACCAAUUUGCUCCAAUGACGUCAAAUUUGUGUCAUCGUCUGUUACAAUUCACGAGACGGCGUAAACAACCACGGACAAAACGGAUAUUUUGUAAAAAAAAAUUAAAUAAAACUGCCGGAGAUCUUGAUGGCUGACAGUUCAAUUUGCCUGCAGAUGACUUCAGAAGAUAACUGACAGCGAGAUGCAGAGAGCCGAGGAACGGAAAGCGCUUAUCAAACUUAAAACAGAAGGACUUGGCAUCCUAGACUCCUUCCUCUAUUUGUUACCUCAGAUGUGGAGAAAGCACCUCUUGUUUUUAUUUCCUGGCAGAUCUUCAUUUUUUUUUUUGUUCUCCCUCGCUGACGGUCUCGUGUUUUGUGUUAUUAGACCAUAAUGUGAUCUCCUCGGCCCUUUUGCUCAUCGCCACAUUGAUUGUACCGCACACAGGUACACGGGUCGAUUCCCGUCCGUAAUCACUCUGCGUUAUUGAAACUCUGCAAUACAUGAAACUAUGGCAGCCGUAAAGGGUCAUUUCUCAAGAGGCGCGGCUGAGCGUUUCGGGUUCGAAGAAUCAAUAUGCAACCGCCUGAGCAAUGCGUUUGGGUUUUUAUGUUUUUUAGAAUUGCAAGACUGUGAAUUUGAACAAUCCUUUGGCUUUGUACGCGUAUGAAGCACAAUUAUUUCUUAGAAAAUGAGUACUUUUAGAGCUGUGGCGUUAUUAGCAUUCGACUACUACUGAGGUAACGUUUCAGCACAGACGGCCGAAUCAAACUGCGGUGAAAUAUUAAUAUGGCUUUAUAAAGAAUGAAUCAGUGUGAUAUGAGGUCAGCCUGUGAGACCACAGGACUGGAGUCGUGUUGAAAGGAAACUACUGACUUGAAGGGUUUUGGUUUUCACUGUGUGGUACUGGAGCGUGGACCGGGCGGUACAUAAACAAACCCCAAUCUUAAAUACAGCAGAGCACUGUGAAAAGCCAUCUACCAUUCACACAUCCAUUCGAUCUCCCUGGGCAACCGAAUUAUGCAGAUGUUUAUGCUAAUCAGAUGUAGAUGAUCUGGUUAUCUCCCUUUUUCCCUUUGAACCCUCGCGUCACCUUUUGGUGUAUUUAUUAACUCUAGGCUGAUACGUUUUGAUUGGUGAUUAAUUGUUCACCUUCCGAAUCGCUCCAAACUAGAUGUGUGUGUGUGUGAUCUUUAUAAAUCGGCGUGUAAUGUGAAAUGAAUGACUCCGAUUUCUCAAAAGCAAAUGUUUCCAUUAAAAUCUCUAAUCAUUUCGGAUAACUCGGACCAAAACCCUGCAUGGAUAAUCUGAAUAAUAAAUUAAAUAAGUGUCUUUCUGCUUUAAUUAUUGAAGCAAGUGGAGUGUAUUGAUUAGAUGGAGGUGUCAGAAUCAGUUAAAAGUGAUGCCGUUGAACUUCAAGCUCAGCGCUGUGGAGUUUGCUGAUGUUAAACGCUUGAAUAAUGUACGUUUUGUCAGCUCGCUGUCCUUAUUCAUCCGUCAGUGACAUUUGAAACCACCUGCGCCAUACGGUCUCGCUGUUACCAUCUAUUUUUGAUGAAGCGUUUGCGGUGCUGCACUUUUAUUUUGAGGUGAACUGGAAUGUACUUUUUUCGGUCUGUGUUAUGUCUUUGUCUUUGCAUAUAUUAAUGAGCUGAUAUUCACUCCAGAGAUAAUUAGUUCGCUCGUCACCCUUUUAAAGUGUGCUAAUGAAGGGGUGACUUAUUGUCGAGGGUUGAGAUGGCUGACCCUGGUGAGGAAGCGGAGCAGUAAUUAUUCAUGAGACGCAUUGAGUGAACCUCCAGAUUAGCUCCCGGUUUUAGUCUUUUGAAUGUCGUGAACGUCUGAGUUGAUUGUAUUAAUGAAUCUUGUUCAAGUCAACAUGAAAUCAAAAUGGACACCAUUUGCUUUGUUAAUACACUUUGCUGGUCUUUCUGUGUUUCUGCCUCUGAACAAUCUUUGCUUUUUUUCCCUGAUGUGAUUUUUACCAGCUACUUGCUCUUGAGGGUAAACAUCCAAGUCUGGCUUUUAAAAAUGUGGGUUUUGUUGCAGACCUAUCCCCUUUCUCGGUGCAAAAUCAAAAGUGUAACGUCUUUAGAGCUUCUCUUAAUCAGUUAAUGCUGUGCCGAGCUGUUUGUUUCCUAACCGAAGGCUAAUUGAAAGGGAAAUAUUAAAUGAAACCAUUUUUAGAUUUAGUAAUGUAGUCUAAUAUUUAAGAAUAAACACACUAACAUUUAAAAGGUAGGGCCUGGGAAGACUUAUGUCUGUGUUACUGAAAAAAGGGUGCGUUUAUUUGGUCAAAAAUAAAGAGAUAUUGUGGAAUACAGUUCAAAUUUUAAAUGACAGUUUUAUAUUUAAAUAUAAAAAAAAAAUUCAUUUAUUCCUGUGAUGCAAUAUGCUGUUUUGCUGCUUAAGAAACAAUUCUUAUGAUCAUCGUUGAAAACAAAGUGCAGAAGAACAGCAUUUAUUUAUUAUAGAUUUUUACUGUCACUUUUGAUCAAAUCACGCAUCCUUGUUGCAUAAAAGUAUUCAUUGGCUUCCCAAAUAGUUUUUGAACGGUAGUGUACACUAAAAAAGCCAUCAUAUAUCAUUUGUAUUAGAGCACCCAUAAAUCUCUUUGAGGAAGGAGGAUAGGAUUCUGCAGCAGUGUCGGAUCCGAUGCUGUUUCAGGACAGCCCUUUACAAUCCAUUCAUUUCUCUCUCACUUACCAUCGUCCAAUCAAUUCCUAAUGGAUAAAAUAUUAAAGCCCAACCCUGCGUUUUGUACUGGAAUAUUCUGUUCCACUUGGUUGCACAUGCUGUUUCAUGUUGACUUUAACUCUUCUGGGCAUCUUUCAACAUGAAUGUUUUAAAAAGUCAGAAUUUCUCAAACACAUCUGAUUGUAUUACAUCUAUUGCCUACAUGUGCAUACGUACCUUGUUUUUUGCAACUACACAUUAAACCACAGGUUUUGAUCUGCAUAUGGUACAACCAUAUUGUGAAUCUUACUCGUGUUAUUCAUGAAUUCGUGUUUUGUUUUGUUUUUUACUUUGCUUUGCCCUUUUGAUUUUGAGCGAGUCAGCUGUGGACUUGAUGUUUUUUUUUCUUUGUUUGUUUCCAUUGUUUUUUUUUUUUUUUUUUUUUAAGGAAGGAAAGAAAAAGUGAGCGCCCUGCCGGUACGGCCGCCAUCUCUAUUUAUAGACAUGUCCUCUACGUCUUAAGUUAUUUGUCUCCUUCCAGUGACUUGUCCUGGGAUUUCCUGCUUUCUUCCCUCUCUCCAUUUUGGGCUCCCCGCUUAGCAUUAUUCCUCUUUUCAUUUAUCCAUUUCAUCCAUCGGGCCUGUGUUUGAAAGAUAUGCUUUCUUUCUUUUUUGAUUUAUUCAAAAUGUACUCUAUAAUUUUCGGAUCAAAUAUUUGCCUUGGGUCUGCAAAUAGAAAUGGUCCUUCUCCCUGUGUUAGUCAUUCUACUUGUAGAGAGAGUCAUUUUUUUUUUUGCGGUUUUAUGAUAAUGUAGAUGUGAAAGAACAGUGGUUUAUGCAGCUCAUAGCGUCAUGAUUGUGUUCACAGUUUGCAAUGCAAAUGAGUCUCUGUAGCGGCUUCGUGGCGCGUCCCGACGCCAGAUCUCUUUUAUUUGUGUUUUCCUCUCUGCGUAAAAUGCCAAAAUCCUCCAGUCAUUGGGUUCUUCUUGCUUAAUCAGUGCUUUUGUAGUCCAUGCUGCUUUUAGCCUUAAACAAAAGAGGAAACGUGGGAGUUUUCUGCUGUAUAUUUGAUUUUUGGAUUCUAUUAAACUGUUGGUACUCUG